CCCGACUCUCUAUUCGCUCUCCUUCCUUUCCCUUUUCCAUUUGCUUUAGGGUUUCUCUCAAUCCUCAGAGAGAUGGAGUUUUGGGGUGUUGAAGUCAAGGCUGGAGAAACCCUUAAGGUUAAUCCUGGUGAUGACAAGAUUCUGCAUCUCUCCCAGGCAUCUCUUGGUGAAGUGAAAAAGGACAAGGGAAAUGAUUCUGUUCCUCUUUAUGUGAAUGUUGGUGGGCAGAGGCUUGUUAUUGGAACACUCUCUCAUGAGAAAUGUGCUCAAAUAACUUUUGAUUUGGUUUUUGAGAAGGAAUUUGAACUAUCUCACAACUGGAAAAAUGGGAGUGUCUACUUUGUUGGAUACAAAUCUGUCCUUCCAGAUGAAUCCGAGGAUUUUUCUGAUUUUGGUUCAGAUUCUGAAGAAGAAGAAAUUCCACUUCAAGCAACUGAGAAUGGAAAACCUGUGCAGAAACAGGAAAAACCUGCAACAGAAAAAGUUAAUGCUGGAAAGCCUGAUUCUUCAGCAGCUAAGCCAAAGGUGAAGAUUGCUGAGCCAGUGAAGGUUGACAAAUCCAAAAAAGAUGAGGAUGAUGAUGAUGAUGAUAGUGAUGAUGAUGAUGAAGAUGAUUCUGAGGAAGAUGAAUCAGAUGAGGACAUGCUUGAGACUGGGGAUGAUAGUGAUGAGGAUGAUGAAAGUUCAGAUGAAGAUGAUGAAGAGACACCCACACCCAAGAAGGUUGAACAGGGUAAGAAGAGACCUUUGGAUUCUGUUGCAAAAACUCCUGCUUCUGAUAAAAAGGCAAAAUUGGUUACUCCUCAGAAAACAGAUGGAAAGAAAGGUGGUGGCCAUACUGCAACACCUCACCCUAACAAGCAGGCUGCAAAGACUCCUGCAAGCAAUGACAAGUCAAAGGGACAACAAACACCAAAAUCCGGUGGCCAGUUUUCGUGCAAACCUUGUAGCAAGUCCUUCAACUCUGACAGUGGCCUACAAGAUCAUAACAAGGCAAAGCACAGUGCUGGCAAGUGAAGCAAGGCAGUUUAAAGCUUCAUUAAAUUUUUGCAAUCUUGGUUUUUUGAUGAUGGAGAGGGAGUGAACUAUAUUGAUAAGGUUUUUGGUGGCUUCUCCUGCAAAGAGGUGGUGGUAUAGUAUU